AUGUCCAGUCCUCCACCGAGUUCUUCCCACCCGCCGCCGCCGCACUCCGAAGUCCCUGCCGUUCUCUCCCCGGCGGAGAUCACCGCAGCCCUCCGCGAUCUCACCACUGCUGUCCAGGAGAUCUGCCUCUUCCUGGCCGGUCCCUACGGGCCGCCGGAGCCGGCGGCGCUGCUGCCGUGGCAGCUGACGCACCAGGCGGCCUCCGCCGCGAUCGCCGGGCCCCUGCAGCCGACGCUGCUGCUGUCGUCGCCGCCACCCGACGCCAGGCUGCUGCAAUCCCCGCUACCGCUGUCCACCAUCUCCGGGCCGGGCCCUACCUCGGAGCCAGGGGUCCCUCUUCUCCAUCAACCGGCCGCCUUCUUCCCCACCGGGACGCUUGUGCUUGCGCCUUCUUGGUAG